UCAUGCCAGCCACCAGCCGCUGAUCACGCAGCCCCCGGCCGCCCAUUCGCCGGCGUCGCGCACACCUUUGUGCCUGACUGGUCGGUGCUCGGUCUCGGCACCGCCCACGGUGGACUCCCCACCUGAAUGAAGCAAGGGGCGGGACUGGGCUGGAGUGAAUUGGCAGCAAUAACUGCAGGGUGGCUACAGUGUAGCGGGGCUCCGUUUCCUUUGUGUAUCUGCACUCAAUUUAUGCGUUUCGUUGCUGAAAGCCAAGAGUGGAAAUAAUGGAGACGGGUCCAACACAUUUUGAGGUCAAUGAGCGCUCCUGUGACAGAAGAACACAACAAGGUGACAUUGAAGCUGUUGAAGCUCUGAUGUCCAUGAGCUGCAACUGGAAGUACGAUUCCAAAUGUUAUACUGAGCUGAGACCACUGACACCAGCGUCCGAUGUCUCUGAGGAAGCUGAAGAUAAUUUACUGUCCAGUUCUAGAGAUUUCCACACAUUUCCUCUGUUUUGUCUAACCCCACCAUACAGUCCACCUAACUUUGAAGCAUCUCAAAUAGUUCAUCCUGCAAUGCCAGUCCCUUCUACUGUAUUGUCUAAAGUGGAGCUCCCUUUAUCCAGACAAACCAGCAGGGUCACUGAAGCAGCAAUGCCAAUGUUCUCUCACCGUGCAAAAACCGUAGCUGUAUCUACAAAACCACGGUCCCAAGCUACGAGUGUGAUACGUCACACUGCCGAUGUUUUAGCUUGCACUAAUCAUCCUUGCCCAGUUAGGGUGACCCACAGCUCUGCUGAUCAAAAAUCAAAAUACAGCUCACCCCCAGUGGGCACAGUUGAAGAGAAAAGAUUGGAAAGUAAUGGCAAUGGAUUGAACAAUUGUGUGUCACAUGAACUAAAUGCUUCAACGCAACCAGUACUUGAAACCAACAGAGGGCCAACAGUGAAGAAAAAUGAAAGCCAACAUUUACCACGGACUGUAAAUUGCACUCCAUUGUUGGGGCAAGCUCUAUUUUCAAGUACCCAGACUCCUGUCAUCACUCAGAAUCGGCAAGCUUCAAUGUUGGUGUCAUCAUCAGUUUCUUCCAGUAUGCCAUCAAUGCCCAUCAUCUGCCAAAUGCUUCCUGUCAGUACAAACAUUCCUGCCACAAAGCACCCAACUGUAAGCCCAUCUGUUGUCUUCAUGGGAGCGCCAAUUUCCAAAGGUGCCCUAAUGUUUGUGGUGCCACGGCCUGCUGUCAAGUAUACAAAGCCACCAGUCAGUAGCCUGAAUGGCACCAAGCUUUCUCCUAUUGCACCAGCCCCUGGCAUCAUGCCACCUGUCCAGACGAUUGUUGCUCAGGUUGAUGUUUCUCGACACCGGAGUCACAUCUGUGAUCACCCAGGCUGUGGAAAAACCUACUUUAAAAGCUCUCAUCUGAAGGCACACAUGAGGACUCAUACAGGUGAAAAACCCUUCAGUUGUAAUUGGGAAGACUGUGACAGGAGGUUUGCUCGCUCUGAUGAGUUAUCGCGGCAUCGCAGGACCCACACAGGCGAGAAGAAGUUUGUGUGUCCGAUGUGUGAGCGUCGCUUUAUGAGGAGUGAUCACCUGACUAAACACGCCCGCCGGCAUCUUUCUGCUAAGAAGCUUCCAAACUGGAAGAUGGAAGUGAGCAAACUGAGUGACAGUGCCUCACCAGUCCCUGCUCCCAAAACUGUGCAGCCUCACUGAUUACAUUAUGUUGACCACCCAAAAAACAAACACUUCCUUCGUUGGAAGAGUAAUUCACAUCUGCAAAAUCUUGAAGGGAUCACAAGAAUGGCAAGAUUAUAUGUACUAUAAAUGAUUUAUGUACAACCAUGAGCAGAAUGUGCUGAACAGAGGUCACAGCUGUACAGGCAACUAGCAUGGAUGGUAUGUUACACAGUCAGGAACCAGUGACUAGCUGCACCCAGAGAAAUCAGUGUUUGUUUUAGUUUGUGCGACAGCACAGUUGUGAGAAUUUGGAAGUAUGGAGAGGGUUCUCUGCUUACGAGCCUAUCAACUGGGGUGAGAUGUCCAAGAGCGCGCUCUCGCUCUCUCUCUCUCUCUCUCUCUCUGCCUGUCUCCUCGAUUGCUAAGAGCAGCAGUCAGGUCAUUGGGACAGAAGCUUGUCUGAGGUGUCAGUGAGCAGAGUAUGUGAGUGGACAGUAGCAUCAACUGCUUACUGUACCAGUGUGAUAACAUGUCCACAAUCAAAGGGGAUAAGGAGCAGUAAAAAGCUGGCAUGUUAUACACUAUGCUAAUAUUUGGGAGGCAGGUAUUGGAUGGGGCCUAUAAAAUGCUGAAACAAUGCCACCAACUUUCUGCAAAUGCCCCACAUAAAUUUCAGUUCAUGUCUCAUUUCAGAAAUGGUGAGAUGGAGCAUAAAGAUUUUCCAGCAGAUGUAUGCAUCUAUUUGGCUUAUGAAGAUGAAUAUGGUUAUUUUUAUGCUUUUUUUCUAUUUGAAUGGGACUGCUAAAUUUACAAAAACAAAAUUAAAUUUUUGUAACUCUUCCUCUUGGCGUAAAGGUUGAAGUUUAUCAUAGGAUCUCUUCAGAAACUGGGUGAGGCUAUUGCUAGACUUUAUAAUAAAUCUUACCACUGUACACAUUUAAAUAUUUGUACGCACUGGUAUUAUUUAUUUCAAACCAUCAACAUUAACUGUUGUUCAGGAAUUUUGUUACUGAACCUGUAUGUGGAGGAACAGCACAUUUAACUCCUCCAUUCACCGUUUGCAAACUACAAUGCAAUUGUCUAUACAUAAUGCAUCAGUAUUUUCCUGCAUUCUCCCUUACAGAAUUUAGUUGUCUGUCUUAUCUUUCAAUUUACGGUGGCAGUGUUUUGAAUGGAAUGUCCCCUCUGUGAGGACAACAUCUCAUUCAGUUAACUGUACAAUUCUUUUUAUCGAUCAGAGUUAAGAGCCCGCGAGCUUAAUUAUUGCUCACUUUAAGAGUAUUUACUUAAUGGUGCACCUUUUUCUAUAAUUUGACUACAAGAAUUUUUCUUUCAUAAACUUUGUUUACAUAUUUGUUAAAUACUAAAGGCAAUAAAUUUUCUAUCACACAUGAAAAUACUGUUUUUGUCUC